CACACGAAAUGCCCCACCGGCCUAACCCAGACAUCGCGGAGAAAGGUCUGCGGACACCGAAGUGCGCACGCUGCAGGAACCACGGCUUUACCGUGCAACUCAAAGGACACUCCGGCAAAUGCGCGUACCUGCACUGCCCGUGCUGGAAAUGCGCGCUCAUCGCCGAGAGAACUCAAAUCAUGGCAGUCCAGAGACGGAUGAAAAAAGAGCAGAAAGAAGAAACGAAUAAUGCGGCUGAAUGCGAGCCGGCUCCUCCGGCCCAGGGGCCCAGGCUAGCGGGACGCAGAAAGCGGGACAAGAGCCGCAAUAUCGAUGAAGACUGUUGCGAAGCAGAACCGGCCGGUGCAACCUCCGCACGCCUGCUGAAUAAGUACGAACCGCGGCGAGCAGGAGCGUCCGCCGCGCAGGAUUCUCCUUGGAGGGGAGAAGGCGGUGUACCCAGAGCGGCUGUCAGCGCCGGGACCAGCAGGCAGUUCGACGCCGGGAGAAUGCACACUGCGUUCGGGGUUUCAGCACCGGUGCAGACAGCAGCACCCGAGACAGCGCUCAGCAGUGCGAGCAGCGGCGUGUACGAAGCCAGGGCUCCGAUGCACAGCUGCGCCGAGGGAAGCCCGGGGAUGGGCUUCCAUACGGGCGCUGACUGGCCAGAGCGGGACGGAGCCGCUUGGAGCUCCGGCGGGUGGGCUGCGGGAGGAAUGCAGGAAAAUGCCUUUCGCAUGGCUCGGCGUUAUGUCCCUGAGAGGGAGCUGCUCUCUGCUGUGCACAGGCCUGUGCCUGUGAAGCUGUAUUCCAGGUGUCCCUGCCACGCUAUCUUCCUGAACGUGGCCACCGGCCAGCCCUGCUUCCACGAGCCUCCGCUGCCCGUGGGUUUCCCUCACUUCCCAGGACACAGCGUGCAGUGCUCCCUGGAUCCUGCACAAGGCAGUGGCAGAGCCAGCUUCUACGCACCUCCAUCAGUGCGGCCGUGCCUCGUUCAGGACGCUUCUUACAGCCUUCAUCCAGACAGCGUCUCUCCGAGAGAGGAGGAAGAGGCUUCAGGUCUCUGCGGGAGCCAGGACUCUGAUGUCAUUUCCGUGGGGAAUGAGGCGUCUCCUCAGGAAAACAGCGGUUAACAAUCAGAUCAUUCACUAACCUUUCAAACACACUGGCAAAAUCUCACUGAUUUGUAUAUUGAUCACAUUCAUACUUGGAAUUGGUUACACAAUGCGCUUGAUUUCUGAAGCAUAUCUUGUUGGAAGCCAUAUUUAAGUUUACAAACAAUAUAACUACAGAAUCGUUUAACCGUCCGUCUAUGAACAUGUAUUAUUUUUAAAGCUGUGCUAGACUUGCAGUAAGAUCCGGUCUUGCGCUCUGUUACAGGGCCAGUUACCCCAGAACAACCCAUUUAGUCUGGUCACCUGACACUGAACUGCACUGCACUGCACACUGUUUAAACAGUGAGGCGCGGACAGAUUAUGCACGCUUCCCAGACGCGAUCAGGGUUAUCCGUCAGGCUUACUGUAAACUCCAGGGAAAGCCAAGCUAAAAGACAUUUGGGAAAAGGAACAUUUACAUGUUCAUGCUGUGCUUCUUGCUCGUUAGACAGCUAUAGUGGCCAGUUGCGUAAAACACCUUCAGUAACAUUUCCCUUUAGUUUUCCCUUUCAGUGUGCCUUGAGUUUAAGGGAGUUGCAGAAAGCAGCUGCACAUGUUUAAGAGUCAGCACCCUAGAUGAGGGGAAAUGUAUCCUUAAGCGUUAUUCUUAAACUUAAUACUUCAGGGGUUUUAUGCAGCUAGACCUUUUCCAGGUUUUUCUUUUGUGGAAUUUUUGUAUCGGUUCAUUCAGUGCUGCCAUGCUUCUGCCCCAGUCACUCCACACUGCAUUCACAGGCUCCAUGCAUUCACAUUGCCACACUGCAGACAGAAAGCCUGGCUCCAUGCAUUCACAUUGCCACACUGCAUUCACAGGCUCCAUGCAUUCACAUUGCCACACUGCAGACAGAAAGCCUGGCUCCAUGCAUUCACAUUGCCACACUGCAUUCACAGGCUCCAUGCAUUCACAUUGCCACACUGCAGACAGAAAGCCUGGCUCCAUGCAUUCACAUUGCCACACUGCAGACAGAAAGCCUGGCUCCAUGCAUUCACAUUGCCACACUGCAGACAGAAAGCCUGGCUCCAUGCAUUCACAUUGCCACACUGCAGACAGAAAGCCUGGCUCCAUGCAUUCACAUUGCCACACUGCAUUCACAGGCUCCAUGCAUUCACAUUGCCACACUGCAGACAGAAAGCCUGGCUCCAUGCAUUCACAUUGCCACACUGCAGACAGAAAGCCUGGCUCCAUGCAUUCACAUUGCCACACUGCAGACAGAAAGCCUGGCUCCAUGCAUUCACAUUACCACAAUGCAGACAGAAAGCCUGGCUCCAUGCAUUCACAUUGCCACACUGCAGACAGAAAGCCUGGCUCCAUGCAUUCACAUUGCCACAAUGCAGACAGAAAGCCUGGCUCCAUGCAUUCACAUUGCCACAAUGCAGACAGAAAGCCUGGCUCCAUGCAUUCACAUUGCCACACUGCAGACAGAAAGCCUGGCUCCAUGCAUUCACAUUGCCACACUGCAGACAGAAAGCCUGGCUCCAUGCAUUCACAUUGCCACACUGCAGACAGAAAGCCUGGCUCCAUGCAUUCACAUUGCCACACUGCAGACAGAAAGCCUGGCUCCAUGCAUUCACAUUGCCACACUGCAGACAGAAAGCCUGGCUCCAUGCAUUCACAUUGCCACACUGCAGACAGAAAGCCUGGCUCCAUGCAUUCACAUUGCCACACUGCAGACAGAAAGCCUGGCUCCAUGCAUUCACAUUGCCACACUGCAGACAGAAAGCCUGGCUCCAUGCAUUCACAUUGCCACACUGCAGACAGAAAGCCUGGCUCCAUGCAUUCACAUUGCCACACUGCAGACAGAAAGCCUGGCUCCAUGCAUUCACAUUGCCACACUGCAGACAGAAAGCCUGGCUCCAUGCAUUCACAUUGCCACACUGCAGACAGAAAGCCUGGCUCCAUGCAUUCACAUUGCCACACUGCAGACAGAAAGCCUGGCUCCAUGCAUUCUCAUUACCACACUACUUUUGUUCCUGUAUGCCGUUGCAUGUUUCUGUGUUGCAUUUGACUUUU